CCUUAUGGCGAUGGCAAGAGUUAGAUCUGUGUCUACCCAGUGGUACCUAGGGUGUGACUGCGAUGGAAUGGAAGUUUCCACUUCAGAAGAAGAGGGAUUCCAUACGGAAUCAGCACACUUUGGAUUAGAAAAGCUAGUUGAAAUAGAGUCAUAUAUACACAUAAUAUUACAGAUGGACCUUUACUUCCGCAGACACCAGCACUUGACAUAGAUGGGUUAACGAAAACCAGCAAGAUGAAGGUGAAAUGGACCCAACUGGGCCUGGUGUUUUUCUUGCUGCUGUCCAUCAUCAUGACUUCAUGCUUCAUUUGGCAGUACCAGCUGCCCAAGUUAGUGCUAGAAGAAAAUACUGGGGAAAGAUCCAAAUCUGUGAGAAAGUGCCCUCGCUUCCCGGAACCCACACCUCUUGAACAUCCCAUCCACUCUUUGAAGGAAGCGCUUGAGAAAGUUGACGCACUGCUGCGGAAUAACAUCAACCCCAUCAGUCUGCCCUCAUUGUCAGCUAUUGUAACUUACAAUGACACAGUACUGUGGACAGGGAACUUCGGCAAAAGAAAUGGUAGUGAUCCAAACUCUGCACCUCCAAAUGAAUACACCAUUUACAGGAUUGCUAGUGUAUCCAAGAUUUUUCCCACCCUGAUGCUGUAUAGACUGUGGGAAGAUGGCAAGGUGGCCUCUCUGGACGACCCCCUGGAGAAGUAUGUGGACAACUUCACCAUUAAAAACCCCCUGGGCAAAAGCAGAGACUCUGAGCUGAAAUACGUCACUGAUGGGUUGAUCUUCCUUGACAGCGGUGAGGUUCAAAUCCGUUCGUCCUCGGUAACAUUAAGAAGAAUGGCCAGCCAGCUUUCUGGCCUACCCCGAAGACUCCGUGGAACUACCUUGCUGUGGAAAGGGAAGACCAAGUCUGCAAUCAACCUCCUGCAAGAUGAUGUGCUCGUCGCUGACCCUGGGACCAAAUGUCACUACAGCAAUUUGGCAUUCUCUUUGCUCGCCCAUGUCCUCUCUGAGAGAGUUGUCGGUAUCAAUUACCAGCGAUGGAUUACGGAUAACAUUCUGGGCAGGUUGGGAAUGGAGGACACAGGGUUUGACAUCAACCCUGGUAUUCAAAGUCAAAUGGCUGUAGGUGUAUACGCCAGCGGCCAGACUGCACCUCUUUAUGACUUGGGUUGGUACCGCCCCUCAGGCCAGAUGUAUUCAACAGCUGCUGACAUGGCUAAAUUAUCAAUGAUGUUACUGGGAGCCUAUCACCGCAAGAUACUGGAGCCCGACACUUUAAAAAUAAUGCAAACCCCUUUGUUCCGCUGUGAAAAAGACUACUUCGCCAACCGCACCGGAACACCAUGGGAAGUGAGUGAACAGAUGGGAUAUGAGGUGCUACGCAAGGAUGGCGAUCUGGACGGCUACUCCGCCAUGUUCUCUCUGGUGCCUCGGCUUAAACUUGGAUUGGUGGUGCUGAUGGCAGGCACGCGGCCACAGAACCAGGAUAUUGUGUCAAAGGCCUACUCGUUUAUCAUUCCUGCCAUUGAGAGGGCCUUCAGGGAGGCAAAGCGGUUUCUUAUUCCUCCGCCCAAUCCUGCACCCUACGUGGGCUUUUACACUUACAACAACAUUACGUUUUACGAGAUUAAAGUGGGACCAGAUGGUGUCUUGAUCAUGCAGCAGUUUGGACCUCAAAUAGAUGAUCUCAUUCCUGAGCAGUAUCGUACCAUUAAAUUGAAUUACCUAGUGGACCGAGUCUUUAAAGUCGUGUUUGAGAAAGAAUAUCCGUGUGUGCUGCACGUCAACACAGCGCCAGUGUCCCUCGAAGCCCAAGACGGGCAGCUGUUUAACUUUUAUGUCUUUGACAAGAAAGGCAUAUCUCCUGGAUUCGACGCUCCGGGGCUCAACACAUAUAAUGUGAUUAGAAUAUCUCGCAGACCCACGUUCUCUAACUGAGGAUGAAAUGGUUUCUGAAAACCUGUACUCUGAGACACAGAGGGUAUAUUUAUGAAUGAUUGCAUCAAAUGAUAACAGAGGAUGAUUACCACUGUCAUUGUUUUUUUUUUUCUGUAAUAGCUUAAAUUUCAGUAUAACCUAUUUGGUAACACUUAAGGUUCACUAGUUAACAUUAGUUAACUACUUUAGUUAACAUGAACUAAGCAUGAACAAAACUUCUACUGCAUUGUUUCAGUUCAUUUCAACAUUUACUAAUGCAUUAUUAAAAUCAAAAGUGAACUGUAUUUUCAUUAACUAACAUUAACAAAGUUUAAUAACUACUGUAAUAAAUGUAUUGUUCAUUGUUUGUUCAUGUUAGUUAAUACAUUUUCAUUUUCUAUGCUAUUGCAAUUGAAGUAUGCAGUAAUAAAUAAUAAUAAGAAUGCAGUAAUAAAUCCAGUUUCCAAUGCUGUAAUAUUUCUUUUAAGUCCCGUUUGAUUUAGGAAUAUUAAUGUGUUGGAAUUUUCUGAAAAAGAUUUGAGUGUGACAAUCAUUUGGAAUGUACAUUUUUUGGUGGCCAUAAUUCAUUGUUAGCAUUGAAAGGUCAAUAUGCAUUCAUACCUUUAACCCUAAGAGUUUUGUACUUGUGUCCUCGAUCUUCAUUAUAUUUUCGUAAGAAUAAGUAUGGAAUUAUGAGAAUGCAAAUAAUAAUGUUCUCCCAAUUAUUUGCCCUAGGCUUAGUUUUUACAGUUGAAUGAAUACAGAUCAUUUACAAAAACAUACCAAAAUAAAACAUGGGUAUCUGCAAUUGGAACCUAAUUCUGCGGUAUAUUAGGUGAUUUGGAAAUAAUAUACUCAAAACCUUUUUA